GUACUAGUCUACCGCUACACUAGCUAAGAUUCAGCCUUGUUGGCGAACCGGAUUCGCCCAGACUAGUGCUCCAACCACACAGAUAAUCCCCGUCGUUCAGUUUCAUUGAAGCUGCUGGUGGUGUUGGCCUGUCCUGUCUUCAGGAGUUCAGCAUCCACCAAGUCCACACCACCAUGACUCCUGAUCGAAGGACUAGGAAUCUGUCGAGUCUGUCGAGCCAAGGAGACCAAGAUUUCUGGAGAUGCUCCAUCUCGGCAUAUGCUGCUAAUGAUUCUCGGCAGUUCGUCGGCACAGCCGAAAAUGUCAACUUCUAUGGUAACACAACCCAGUUACUUGAGGAUUCACACUUGCCAUGUGUGAAGGACGCGCGUUUCAACUCAAUUGCUGAUAGUGAAGAGUCCCCCUACUGCCUCGAAAACACACGCGUGCAGAUCCUUGAGGGUAUUGACCAUUGGGCCAAUGAUCGCGAUGGUCCCUGCAUCUUGUGGAUGAGUGGCUUGGCUGGCACAGGGAAGUCGACGAUAGCCCGCACGGUAGCUCGUAAAUAUGAUGACGAACAUCGACUUGGGGCCAGCUUCUUUUUUUCCGUCCUCCAUAGUGAUACCAAGCGCACGACGAGCUUUGUGACUACAAUUGCGCGGCAGUUGGCGGACGCUGAUCCUGCUCUGCGUGAUGAGAUCAAGGAUUCUGUUAGCCAAAGAAAAGACAUUUCCAGCUACUCUCUUGAGGAUCAAUGGCGUCGUUUGGUUCUCGAACCAUUGUCUAAGAUCAAACCAGAACCAGGUCGACUACCCUAUAUCUUGGUUAUUGAUGCUUUAGACGAAUGCGAGACAUCGGGUGGAAUCGCCACGAUCCUCCGUCUUCUGGCUCAAACACGAAUACUGGAGUCUGGGAAGUUGCGUAUAUUCCUCACCAGCAGGCCUGACACGAGGAUCGAUACCAAGUUUGACGACAUACCGCAAGAAAGGCGACAGUGCUUCAAGCUCCACAACAUAGACGCGGAGAUCGUGAGCCACGACAUAAGGGCUUUCCUUGCCCACAGGUUCAACACGAUUGCGAAGAAUCAUCAACAAGGUAUAGACUGGCCUGGAUCGGACACAAUCGAGCUUCUGACUCAGAAAGCCGAUGGUCUCUUCAUCUGGGCCGCCACUGCAUGCAAAUUUGUCAGUUCGGACAGCCGUUUCUCCCGUCAGCGACUGAUUCAACUCCUCGACGAUAGUAUUUCUAUUGACGAUCCAAAGUCUGAGCUAGACAAAGUUUAUCUCACUGUCCUUCGGAGUACUGUUUCAGAGCGACACACGGCCGAGGAAAAAGUGUUCAUCUACAACAUCGUUCGACUUAUCUUAGGAACAAUGGCUGUGCUCGUUUCUCCACUUCCGGUAAUUGGACUAGGCGCCUUGUAUCAAUCCGAACCCCGGUCAUCUGGCGUCAGACGCCCAGAAUACAAAACUAUCAGUAACCUUGAUAUUUAUCUUAACCUCAGACACUUGAGUGCGAUUGUGGAUCUUCCUGAAGACGAUCAUCUGCCCCCUCGACUUCACCAUCCCACGUUGCGUGAAUUCAUCUUGGAUGAAGUGAGAUGUACCGAGCAAGCGUUUCAUGUGGACAAGAGGCAGACGCAUCUCACCUUGGCUGGGUGCUGUGUGAAUAUCAUGUCCCAAUCAUGGGCGUGCUGUCCAUCUGGACGGGGGAUCUUCGACUUGGAUAACCCUGCUAUUGCGGUGACCGAUGUGAGCCGGGGCCAAUUGGAGCAAUGGUUGCCAGCUGCCGUGCGGUAUGCAUGCCUCUACUGGGUCCACCACCUGCAACAGAGUGGUGCCAUAAUACACAAAAACGACUCCUUUGAUCUCUUUCUCCGAAAACAUCUUUUACAUUGGCUCGAGGCUCUUAUUUGGAUGAGAAGACUCUCCGAUGGAGUUCGUGCGAUCGCCUCCUUGGAAUCCAUGACGGUUAACCCUAGUGUCGACGCAUAUAUCCGUGACGCGAAGCGAUUUACGUUAUCUAGCCGAUCUACAAUCGAACCAUAUCCCUUGCAAAUAUACUUAAGUGGGCUUGUAUUUACGCCGGCACAGAGCACAGUUAGGCUUCUCUUCGAGAAGGAAUCAUUACACUGGAUGCAUCGAAUGCCGUCGAUCUCUUCAAACUGGAGCCCUUUACUGCAGAGCCUGAGCGGCCGUGUGUGGUCAAGUCGCGCUUUGGCUUUUUCCACAUGCGGAAAGAUUUUAGCAUCGGCCGCAAUUAGAGGAGCGGGCAAGAUAGUGGAAGUAUGGGAUCCCGUGACGGGGGAGCUCUUGCAGGCGUUUGACUUGCCAGACCUAGCAGUGUUUGUUGGAUUCUUGGGAAAGGAAGAGAGAUUGGUGGUAGUGUGGGGUGGCGGAACAAAUCGUGACCAUCACAUCCAGCAACGAGAUCCUUGGACUGGGGAAUGCUUGCAGAAAUCGAGUGUCCCCGCUGGAAACGGAAUUUUUGGGGCAAUUACUAUGUCAGAAGCCGGAGAGUUGCUGGCAUUCAUGGUUGACUCGCGCGGGAUACGAGUUUGGAACGUGCUUUGCGGCUGCUGCAUCCGAUGGCUUACUGGCCACACAAGUGAGAUUAUACACGUCGUGGUAUCGAAAGACGGUUCGGUCCUGGCCUCAACAACCGUUGAUGGGGCGAUCUAUGUGUGGGACACUUACAAGGCCCAGUGUUUGCAGGUAAUACAAAGUCGGCACCAGUCAGCGUUGUUCAAACCGGCUCUCUCCAAAGAUGGCAAUAUCUUGGCAGUAAUCUCAGAUGAUGGCAUGCUCCAACUCUGGCAGCCGACAACUGGUGUUCUUCUCCAAAUUUCGAAAGUCCAAAGUGCACCGAAGCAUGGCCUAUCAUCAGACGGUCAAGCACUCGACAUAUCGAAGGAUGGAAAGUCCCUCGCAUCAGUGUCGUAUGGCCAGAUUCAACUUUGGGACAUCGAGACUGGUCGCUGCUGCCAGACUAUAAACAUGGGGGUGGCAGAAUGUGCUGGGGCAGCCCUCUCGCCAAAUGGAAGUAUGCUAGCGACCUGCGCCCGCGUAUCGGUCAGACUCUGGGCUCUCAAGGCAGGCGAGGUCAUGGAGCCCCCUAAUGUCAUUCGAACGAGAAAUCUCCGAGAAGUUCGAUUCUCGCCGCAUGGGCGCUUGCUAGCCGUCUUGUCCGUGGAUUUACAGCUAUACAUCUGGGAUACCCUUACAGGCAAAUGUCUGGGUGAUCUGGGACACAUUCGUGACGAGAUGCGCGAGUUCGAACUUUGGGAGGUUCUACAAACUCUACUCCCUGAUCCCAAAUUACAAUACUGCAUCGAUCUCGCGAAGGAGGACGAGGAUGAUCCGGCCGAGGAACCACCAGUCAAUCUCGCUGCCUUGUGCUUCACCGACGACGAAAAGUUCUUGGUCUCGCGAAGCGGCCCCGACGCAAGAUUAUGGGAUAUUCUAAGCAAGACGUGCGUGCUCGCGGUCGACCUGAACAAAUCCACUGCGUCCAGUAGUGUCAGCGCGAAGAAGGAUCUUCACACGUUGGUUCGUACGGGAGUCGAGCUUCUGACCAGCCUGGAGGACCCUCGACCCAAGUUGACUCUGGAGGACAAUGAGUGGAUCCUCGCGGGGGCUCAGAGGCUGCUUCGACUGCCACCCGAAUACACCAACUUGGAGGGCGCCGCCGCGUUCGAGAAUAUCAUUGCGAUCGCGUACAGUGCUGCCAAUGUCUUGAUUUUUCAUUUCCGCAGCGAGUUGUUAUAGGUGUUGUACUUUCUGUCUUUUAGCUGAAGGAUCUUCAUUUUCGUUAGGGGAGCUACAUUACCUGCGUUGGGCUAUUCGUAGUGGACUUGAUAUACCCUUUCCUGCAGUUUGCUCUCAUUCAUCAGUGUAUAUUGCAUCGCCACUUG